AUUUACGAACGCACCCUCUGUUAUUGCUUCGUCUGACUAGCUGUUUGGCCACUGCUAACUAAAGUAGGCUAAAUAGCCUAUUGAUCUCACAAGAAGUAGAACUAAAGUAAACGAUUUUUAUUUUUUUUUAAAUAGGGGGAUUAUAUAAUCUCACAUUUUCCAAAAUCGUUUAAAAAGGAUUAGACGAAGAUGGCGGACGAACUAGACCGAGUACGGAUUUCAGCUGCGGAGCUACGAGCUGAAGCGUCGAGUUUUACCAACCACCACGACGAUUGUCACAGAGAGGAGCGAGGAGAAGAGGGACGUGGCCAACGACAGCAGCGUCACCACGGCAACGACCCGUCAAAACGCCCUGACCUGCAGCUCUACACGCCCGGGGCUGGCCACGGCAACCGUCGCAACGACAGCGAAGACGGCGGCGUAGUCACCUCUCCUGGAGAUCCGUUAGCCAUGACCUCUGACCCUGAGGUGGAGUUGGUGAUAUCACUGCCACAGGAGGAGGAAGAAGGACACAAGAUGGCCGCCACUGAGACGGUUUCAACUGAACUUGGAUGUAUAGAUGGAGGGAUGGGGAAAGGAGGAGGAGAGAAAUGUGGAGGAGGUUUUACUCCAAACCGGGGUGGAGGCUCUCGAGCACCUGCACAACAGAGGACUCAAAGAGGUGACCACCACACCACCAAAGCAGACAACAACAACAACAGUAGUAGUAGCAGUAGUGCAAAGGGACCGUCAGGCUCAGCUAUCCGACCACAGAACUCCAGACAGAGGGAUGAAGUGAGAGGGAAAAACCAGAGGGGUGGAGGGAGAGAGAAGGACCAGAGGGGUGGAGGUAGAGAGAAGGACCAGAGGGGUGGAGGUAGAGAGAAGGACCAGAGGGGUGGAGGGAGAGAGAAGGACCAGAGGGGUGAAGGUAGAGAGAAGGAACAGAGGGGUGGAGAGACAGCAGGGGGUUACCCUGGCUCUCCCAAGGCCACCAGAAAGACUCGUAAACCGGACCGGGAGAUCUACCAGCCUGGGGGUCGGAGGAGCACCACCACCACCCAGGGGGAAGAGGGAAGAGAGACAGAGAAACCUCCCCCUACCCCUGGUCCCCCUGUCAGAGAGGAAACCCAAGCCAGGAGGGAACCAGUUGUAUGGAGAGAGACCGGAGAGGAGAAAGGGAAAGGUGGCAGAGGGGGUGAAGAGACAGGCAGAAGGCAGGAGAGGAGAGAAACAGGGAAAGCAGCCGUCUCAGACCAUGGACUAGAGAACCUGACUGGGAAGAUACAGAAACUCUGUGUGACUUCCCCACCUGAGAGAGAAGAGGAGGGGAAGAGAGGAGAGGGUGAGGAAGGAGUAGGCAGGAGGAGGAAGGCUAGCGGUGAGGGCAGGAGGAGCAGAGCUGGAGGUGGAGGCAGGGGACGAGUAGGAGGAGGAAAUGAAGGAUGCGAGAAGACUGAGGAGGAGGAGAAGAAGAGAGAGAGGGGAAACCGCAGGAACAGAGGAGGAGGGGAGAAAGGGGAGAAUCAGGACUCCAUGAGAGGAGGAGGAGGGGAGGGUGAGCGAGGGAUGACCGAGAAAGAUAGAGACAGGAGAGCAUCGGAAGAAGACGGAGAGAGGGAAGCGAACCGUCCUGCAGAUACACAGCCAGCAAAGGGAAGAGAAAAACGGAGGGAUAGAGAGACUGAGAGAGACAACCAGAGAGGGAACAACAGACCCCAACCUCUACCCCCAGAUAUAGACAGAGAGAGGAAUGGAGAGAAAGACGGGGAUGGAGAGAUGCAGAGAAACAGAGAGAGGAGUGAGAGAUGCAGGGCUAACCCUAACAACAACCACCACCCAUCAUCGUCCUCUAAGCGCUACUCCAAGUCAAACAUCAGAAGACCCAGGAACCGCACCUACAGCACCAGUUCUGCCAGCAGUGGCACCAGCCUGGACGGACUGGGACAGGGAGGGGAUCAGAGGGAGGACAGAGUCCGACGAGACCGCCUGGGGCACAGGGAGAGAGACAGAGGAGAGGGAGGAGGAGGUCAGCUACCAAACAGGAGGAGAAACACGAGAGACUCCUCAACAGACUCACUGGAGGAGAGGAGGAGAGAUGGAGGAGAGGAGUACUUGAGCCCCGCGUGGAGGAGAGGGGAGGAGGAGAGCAGAGGGAGAGGGGGAAGAGGACACAGAGGAGGAGGAGGGAGAGGAGGGCUCCUGAAAGUGUCUCAGAGUGACAGACAGUCAGGCACCUCCCACGCCACCUCAGGCCCCAGCGAUGACCCCCAGGGGCGCCGCAAGCAGGGCACUGUGCCUCGUGGUAAGGAGAGGGGCAUUCUCAUCCUCCCCGCCCACACUGACCUCUCCAAUUCGCCGACGGAGCCCGGGCCAAGGCUCCUGUUUGGUGGGAUUCGAGGAGGAAAAGAGGCGGGACUAGGGAGAGGAGGAGGAAGGGGCGGAGGAACAAGGCGACUCUGGGAUCCCAACAACCCCGACCAGAAACCAGCUCUCCGGCUCUCCCAGCAUGCCUCUCUCCUGCAGCAGCAGCCCAUGUACCUGCAGACGGGCGUCGGUUACGGAGCGAUGCACUUCCUGGAUACGGACGACGAGGCUGCAGGGAGUCCCCCGAUCCGCCAGGGGGAGCACUUCUACCCCCAGCAGGAGGCCGCAGCCAUGGCCCAGGCCUUCUACAAGUACCAGAACUCUGACAACCCUUACCCUUACAAUGCCAACCCCAAUGCACGUUACCCAUACCCCUAUCACUCUAUGCCUACCACCCCCUACCAGAUGCCCUCCUCCAACGGCAGUUACCCAGCCCAGUUUUACGGGGAGUACAGGGGCCAGGGGUACCAGACCGGGGCUGGAGCAGGUCUGACACCAGAGGAGGUGGAGCAGCAGGCCAGGGGAGAGCUGGGGAGACAGCUGAGGGCUGCAGAGAGUCAGGAGUUACAACUCAGCAACCUCCUAUCUAGAGACAGACUCAGUGCUGAUGGACUGGACCGCAUGGCUCAACUCAGAGCGGACCUGUUGACCCUAUAUGAGCGGGUGAUCCUAACAGACAUAGAGUUCAGUGACAGCCAGAACCUGGACCAGGCUCUAUGGAAGAACGUCUUCUACCAGGUUAUAGAGCACUUCAGACAGCUCCUCAAAGACCCCAGCGGAGACUCAGCCCUGCGUAUCACCCCAAUGCUGCUCACUCUGCUGGACGAGGGGACGGUAUUCUUUGAUGCACUGCUGCAGAAGCUUCAGACGGUGUUUCAAUUUAAACUGGAGGAUUACAUGGACGGCAUGGCCAUCCGAGCACGUCCACUACGCAAGACGGUGAAGUAUGCUCUGAUCAGUGCCCAGCGGUGUUUGAUCUGUCAGGGGGACAUCGCCCGUUACCGAGAGCAAGCCAGCGACUCGGCUAACUACGGCAAGGCCCGCAGUUGGUACCUAAAGGCCCAGCAGAUUGCUCCUAAGAACGGACGACCUUACAACCAGCUGGCCCUGCUGGCUGUUUACACGAAGAGGAAGUUGGAUGCAGUGUAUUAUUACAUGCGUAGCCUGGCGGCCUCCAACCCCAUCCUCACUGCCAAGGAGAGUCUCAUGAGUCUGUUUGAAGAGGCCAAACGCAAGGCGGAUCAGAUGGAGCGAAGGAGGAAGCAGGAGUUGGAAGGGGGGUCCAGGGGCCCGGGGGUCCGAGGAGGAGGACGGGGGGAGGAGGGGGCUAGGGUGGAGAUCUGGGUCGGCCCUAUUGGCCAGGCAUCAUCACACCGUGGGGGCAGCGAGUCCAGCAGAGACUCUGAACAGGAAGGAGAGCUGGGCAACCUCAGCCCUAGUGAUCUCAAUAAGAGGUUUAUACUCAGCUUCCUCCACGCUCACGGAAAACUCUUCACCAAAGUGGGCAUGGAGUCUUUCCCGGCGGUGGCCAGUCGUGUUCUCCAGGAGUUCAGGGCUCUGCUCCAACACAGCCCCUCCCCUCUGGGCAGCACACGCAUCUUACAGAUCAUCACCGUUAACAUGUUCACCAUACACAACGCUCAGAGCAGAGGAGGAGAUGGUGAGGUGAGAUCUGUGUUACAGGAACAGACUACAGCUCUGGGUCUGGCCAUGUUCUCUCUGCUGGUCCAACGCUGCACAGAGCUGCUGAGAGACACACCCGCAGAGCCCAUCCCGGAGGAGGAGAGAGAAGAGGGGGAGGAAGGGAUGGUGAGAGUUUCUGCCUUCCCAUUGGACCUGAGGGAGCUGCUGCCCAGCGUCAAGGUCUGGUCUGAUUGGAUGCUUGGACACCCCAACCAAUGGAAUCCUCCACCUUGCCGUAUAGAUUGUAGUCUUGAUGUGUGGCGUAGCCUGGCAGACCUGUGUAAUGCGUUGGCGCGUGUCGACCACGGCGAGGCGCCGCUGUACAAGGCAGACGGGGACGGAGGGGAGGGGGAUGAGGAGCUCCGUCUGCUGCUAUUGGAGGAGGACAGGCUACUGGCCGGCUUCGUCCCGCUGCUCGCCGCCCCACAGGAACCCUGCUACGUAGACUGCACCGGGGAUACAGCGAUAGCAGCAGACUGUAAAAGGGUAACAGUAUUGAAGUAUUUCCUGGAGGCUCUAUGUGGACAGGAAGAACCUCUCCUGGCUUUUAAAGGAGGGAAGUACGUCUCCACGGCAACCUCUCCCCAACCCGGGCGCCCCGGCGACGCGCGCAGCAGACAGGACUCGCAGACAGAGAGAGAGAGUGAUGACGUCAUCGUGGAGGCGGAGUCGUCUGUGUCGGACGGUGAUGAUGGCAGUGAGGAUGACAUCAGAGAGCUCCGGGCCAGACGCAGCGCCCUCACUAACAAACUGUCUGAGCAGCAGAGACGCAGGGACAAGAUACAGGCGGCGUUACAGACGUGUGGUCAGUUGGAGUUAGAGGUGCGGCCUCUUUUCCUGGUCCCCGACACCAACGGUUUCAUCGACCACCUCACCGGCCUCAAGACACUGCUGCAGUCUGGGACGUACAUUGUGGUGGUGCCCCUCAUAGUGAUAACAGAGUUGGAUGGUCUGGCAAAGGGGCAGGAGAGCUGCGAUGGCUCUGGCAGUGGGCGUGGUGGCAGUGGUUGUCGUGGAAACACCGGUGGUGGUGGACCGACCCACGCCCGGUCGGUCCAGGAGAAGGCUAAGGUUGCCGUGGCGUUUCUGGAGCGAGGGUUCGAGGCCAGAGAGCCCUGUCUCAGAGCGCUGACCAGCAGAGGAAGUCAACUGGAGUCUAUCGCCUUCCGCAGCGAAGACACCUCCGGACAACAGGGAAACAAUGAUGAUGUCAUCUUGUCCUGCUGUCUCCACUACUGCAAAGAUGAGGCUAAAAGCUUGAUGCCUGCACAGACAGACGGUCCGGUGCGCUUGCGUCGGGAGGUGGUUCUCCUGACAGAUGACCGUAACCUGCGGGUCAAAGCCCUGACCAGGAAUGUGCCGGUCAGGGACAUUCCUGCCUUCCUCACCUGGGCCAAAGUGGGCUGAACCGGGUCACACACAGACCACGCCCAAAGCAUUCAGACAACCAAUCAACUGCUGAGAACCGCUGGCCACCUCCCACACCACCUUCGAGUGGAGAAGGAGAAUAUACGCUAAAGCAGAAAAGAAGACUGUUGGAGAGAAGACUGUUGGAGAGAGAGAAGAAGGAGAAACUCAUUUUCUUUUGGUGGAAAAGCUCAAAUGAAAUCUAAAAAAGCUUCUUUUUUUUUGUAGGGGUGGAAUGAGUUGAAUUGUCUGAGAGCUUUUUCUCCUCUCGUUGUGGUGAGGUGUAUGUUAAUAACUGCUUCUCUCAGAGGGAAGGAGGAGGGAGGACAGGAGCAGAGAGUUUUAAGAGAUGCAGGAAGGCUGGACCAGGAGGAACGGUAGAGGAGAAAGAGGAGGUGUGGUGAGGUGUAUGUUAAUAACUGCUUCUCUCAGAGGGAAGGAGGAGGGAGGACAGGAGCAGAGAGUUUUAAGAGAUGCAGGAAGGCUGGACCAGGAGGAACGGUAGAGGAGAGAGAGGAGGUGUGUGAGGUGUAUGUUAAUAACUGCUUCUCUCAGAGGGAAGGAGGAGGGAGGACAGGAGCAGAGAGUUUUAAGAGAGGCUGGACCAGGAGGAACGGUAGAGGAGAGAGAGGAGGUGUGUGAGGUGUAUGUUAAUAACUGCUUCUCUCAGAGGGAAGGAGGAGGGAGGACAGGAGCAGAGAGUUUUAAGAGAGGCUGGACCAGGAGGAACGGUAGAGGAGAGAGAGGAGGUGUGUGAGGUGUAUGUUAAUAACUGCUUCUCUCAGAGGGAAGGAGGAGGGAGGACAGGAGCAGAGAGUUUUAAGAGAUGCAGGAAGGCUGGACCAGGAGGAACGGUAGAGGAGAGAGAGGAGGUGUGGUGAGGUGUAUGUUAAUAACUGCUUCUCUCAGAGGGAAGGAGGAGGGAGGACAGGAGCAGAGAGUUUUAAGAGAGGCUGGACCAGGAGGAACGGUAGAGGAGAGAGAGGAGGUGUGUGAGUGUGUGUGUUUAUUAUCUGGUUUCUCCAUUCCAGCCGUGCGGCCUUCAUAACUUCUGCAGUGUGUUCUCAAGGCCAGCAGCAGUAUUUACCUCUGUGGAAACGACAGAGCAGAGAAGGAAUAGAGGGAGAGGGAUAUAGGUUAGGGCUGUGGAGGAAGGCCCUAGCCUGACUGAAGACUUAUCUCUGGCUGUGUGAGUGUCUGUUUAACUGACAUCUGUCUGUAACCCCAGAGCAGCACAGAGAGGAGCCCUGUAGUGGCAAGGAGGGAGGCUGCGGUGAUGGGUUACCAGGUUCUGGUGUAUUAGAUGGGGGAUUGGUACCCCACCCUAAUCUCCUUGACGCAGAGCCACACGCUCAGCCUCGGAUGGCCAGGAUGUGGUUUGCAUCCCAGUUGCCCAGCAACAGUGUUGGUGAUGUUGGUACCCCCAGCAGCUCGAUGGUGACAGAGUCAUUUCCAAGUUGGGGUUUCUAUAAAGGAACAGCUUUAAAAAAAAAAAUCAAAAGAUGAAGAAAAUAGACUUUUUCUGAUUUAGCAUUGUGGAUGUGGGGGUGUGUUUUAGUUGGUAUUCAUUGUGUGUGUGCGUGCGUGCGUACGUGCGUGUUUGUGUGAGAUGUUUAUGCUCGACAGAAGAGCUCGUCUUUCUGCUUACGUUUUCACCCACAAACCGUUUUGGUUUGUUUAAGCUUUUUAACAAGUCCAAUAAUAUUUGAAUGUUUUAUUUUGUCAUACAUUUAGUUUGUUUCUCUUAGUUUUUACCACCACCUGUUUGGGUAACUCAUCAGCUUCUAUUCAUUAUCUAUCUAUUUUCUUCACAUUUGCAAAAAAUUGCUUCUUUUUUUCCCCCAUUGAUGGAAAUACAUUUGCCCGGUCGUGCUUAUCGGCCUUCUAGGUAAAUGUGCAUAAUUAAGUGGAAUUAAAUUGGCGUUUUUGUAUUUUCGUUAGUCGUCUUUUAUCACACGCCACAGCAUACAGAGACUUUGACCUGAACAUCCCCUGUCAGACAGAGCUGCUGAUGAGAACCUGGUUCAGCUCGUUGCUGGACUGAAACGUGUUUUUAUACGCCCAGUUAUUACGCAACAAUUCUAAAUGCAAUCGCGUGUUAAUUAACAGUUUUGAUGGCCACGAUAAAAAAAAAAAUUGAAUUAAAAAAUGCCUAUUUUUAUUUCUCAACUGGUAUGCCUUAAUUGAAGUGCGCCUCCAAUUUGAGUGCAUAUGCAACGGUAGGCAGUCUAUCAGCGCCUCACCCACCGCUUGGCAAUGUGAGCUGGAGGCAAUAAGCAAUUUGAAAACAGUGCUUUCAGAAAGUAUUCCCACCACUUGACUUUUUCCACAUUUUGUUCUCACAGCCUGAAUUUAAAAUGGAUUUGAUUUUGUGUCACUGAUCUACACACAAUACCCCAUAAUGACAUCACAAUACCCCAUAAUGACAUCACAAUACCCCAUAAUGACAUCACAAUACCCCAUAAUGUCAAAGUGGAAUUAUGUUUUUAGACAUUAACUCAAAAUUAAAGGCUAAAAUGUCUUGAGUCAAUAAGUAUUCAACCCUUUUGUUAUGGUAAGCCUAAAUAAGAUCAGGUGUAAAAAUGUGCUUAACAAGUCACAUAUCAAGUUGCAUGGGAUUCUGUGUGUGCAAUAAUAGUGUUCAACAUGAUUUUUAAAUGAUUAAAUUACUAAUUUCAAGCACAGAUUCAACCAGGGAGGUUUUCCAACAGUUCUCAAAGAAAGGCACAAUAAAAUAAAAAAGCAAACAUUGAAUAUCCCUUUGAGCAUAGUGAAGUUAUUAAUUACACUUUGGAUCGUGUAUCAAUAAACCCAGUCACAACAAAGAUAUAUGCGUCCUUACAAACUCAGUUGCCGGAGAGGAAAGAAACCGCUCAAGGAUUUCACCAUGAGGCCAAUGGUGAUUUUUAAAAUGGUUUAAUGGUUGUGAUGGUAGAUAACUGAGGAUGGAUCAACAACAUUGUAGUUACUCCACAAUACUAACCUAAAUGACAGAGUGAAAACUAUUUCAUAACAUCCCAUUAUGUUAUCAAUAAGGCACUACAGUAAUACUGUAAAAAAUUGGGCGAAGCAUUUAACAUUUUGUCCUUAAUACAAAGUGUUAUAUUUGGGUGAAAUACAACUUAUUACUGAGUACCACUCUUCAUAUUUUCAAGCUUGGUUGUGGCUUUUUUGGGGGGGGGAAGACAGAGUAGAGCUAAGCACAGGAAAAUCCUAAAGGAAAACUUGGUUCAGUCUGCUUUCCACCAGACACUGGGAGAUGAAUUCACCUUUCAGCAGUACAAUAACCUAAAACAUACACACUGGAAUUGCUUACCUAGACAGCAGUAGAUGUUCCUGACUGGCCGAGUUACAGUUUUUACUUAAAUUUACUUUAAAUCUAUGGCAAGGCUUGAAAAUGGCUGUCUAGCAAUGAUCAACAAACAACUUGACAGAGUUUGAACAAAUUUUGUAAGAAUAAUGGGCAAAUAUUGUACAAUCCAGGUGUGCAAAGCUCUUAGACUUAACCAGGAAGACUCAGCUGUAAUCGUUGCCAACGGUGAUUCUAACAUGUAUUCACUCAGGGGGUUGAAUACUUAUCUCAUCAAUAUAUAUUUGUGUUUUGAAUUUUUCUUUGACAGAGUAUGUUGUGUGAAAAAUGAAAAAUCCAUUUUAAUCCCACUUUGUAACGUCAGAAAAUGUGGAAAUAGUUCAAAGGGGUGUGAAUACUUUCUCUGAAGGCACCCGGAAGUUUUACUUCAUAUUAAGAGGCAUGUCUUACAUAGUCCGACCAUAAACGUGGAGGAAAUUAUUUUAUCAAGACUUCCUCAUUAAGCCAUUUCUCUCCCAUUCUAAUGGGUUUUUUUUUCAUAUCAACAAUAGUCAUGUUAGCAAACCGUACUUUGCAUCAGUAGAUCCUCGUUCUAAAUUUCUAAGGUAGAUGAUGACCUGAGAUGCACUGUGUUUACAAAAGUAUGUGGACACCACAUCAAAUUAGUGGAUUUCGGCUAUUUCAGACACCCGUUACUGACAGGUGUAUUAAAAUCGAGCACACAGCCAUGCAAUCUCCAUAGACAAACAUUGUCAGUAGAAUGGCCUUAUCGAAGAGCUCGGUGACUUUCAACGUGACACCGUCAUAGGAUGCCACCUUUCCAACAAGUCAGUUUGUCAAAUUUCUGCCCUGCUAGAGCUGCCACGGUCAACUGUAAGUGCUGUUAUUGUGAAGUGGAAACGUCUAGGAGCAACAACGGCUCAGCUGCGAAAUGGUAGGCCACACGAGCUCACAGAACGGGACCGCCGAGUGCUGUAGCGUGUAAAAAUCGUCUGUCCUCGGUUGCAACACUCACUACAGAGUUCCUAACUGCCUCUGGAAGCAACGUCAGCACAAGAACUGUUCAUCAGGAGCUACAUGAAACGGGUUUCCAGGGCCGAGCAGCUGCACACAAGCCUAAGAUCAUCAUGUGCAAUGCUAAGUGUCGGCUGGAGUGGUGUAAAGGUUGCCGGCAGUGGAAACGCGUUCUCUGAAGAGAUGAAUCGCGUUCAAUCACGAGAUUAAUCACCAUCUGGCAGUCCGAUGUAUGAAUCUGGGUUUGGCGGAUGCUAGGAGAACGCUACCUGCCUGAAUGCAUAGUGUCAACUGUCAAAUUUGGUGUAUUAAUAAUGGUCUGGGGCUGUUUUUCAUGGUUUGGGCUAGACCCCUUAAUUCCAGUGAAGGGAAAUCUUAACUCUACAGCAUACAAUGACAUUCAAGAUGAUUCUGUGCUUCCAUCUUUGUGGCAACAGUUUGGGGAAGGCCCUCUCCUAUUUCAGCAUGACAGUUCCCCUGUGCACAAAGUGAGGUCCAUACAGAAAUGGUUUGUCUCGAUUGGUGUGGAAGAACUUGACUGGCCUGCACAUUGGCCUGACCUCAACCCCAUCAAACACCUUUAGGAAGAAUUGGAACGCCAACUGCGAGCCAGGGCUAAUUGCCCAACAUCAGUGCCCGACCUCACUAAUGCUCUUGUGGCUGAAUGGAAGCAAGUCCCCCGCAGCAAUGUUCCAACAUCUAGUGGAAAACCUUCCCAGAAGAGUGGAGGCUGUUAUAGCAGCAAUGUGCCAACAUCUAGUGGAAUGCCUUCCCAGAAGAGUGGAGGCUGUUAUAGCGGCAAUGUUCCAACAUCUAGUGGAAAACCUUCCCAGAAGAGUGGAGGCUGUUAUAGCAGCAAUGUGCCAACAUCUAGUGGAAAGCCUUCCCAGAAGAGUGGAGGCUGUUAUAGCGGCAAUGUUCCAACAUCUAGUGGAAAGUCUUCCCAGAAGAGUGGAGGCUGUUAUAGCAUCAAAGGGGGUAACCAACUCCAUAUUAAUGCCCAUGAUUUUUGGAAGGAGAUUUUCGAUGAGCAGGUGUCCACAUACUUUUGGUCAUGUAGUGUGUAUAUAUAGAACCACAAGCAUCAGCUGCACAGUUUAGAAUUGUGUUCUCAAGAAUUGCAUUUAUUUUUUUACAAAUGUUUUUUUUAUUUGGCAGCUUCAUUACAGGAGUUGCAUGUUUUGGUUAAGAUGAAUAACCAGAAUCUAAAUGUGAUUUCUGUCAUUCUGAGCACCGUGGGUGAAUGGACUAAAUGGGUUGAUGCAGCCAAUGCAUAAUGGCUCCGGUAAAUUUUUCAGAUGUCGUCUGAUGUGAUCAAUUAAAACGUGUCUGGUCACUUUGUCCGGCCCCUACAUUUUGCUAACGGAAACCCCUGGUUACGCAAAAAACUAUUCGCGCAAAUGAACCCGCGUAUUUUCACAACCAUACAACGUCUCACACGCUGUAAACAAAUAUAACAUCUAUGAAUGACAUGACGUAAAUGUUUAGGUAGCUGGCUGUGAUAGUUUUAUUAUGCGUGCUCUCACGUUGUGUUAUCAGUUCUCCAGACCCGUCCAGAGUUAGUUAGCCCUCUGUUUAUUACCAGUCUAUAUGACAGGAACACACACCUCUGUAACAGUCUGUUAGCCAAGUCUAUGAACAACUAUAGAUAGCAUUAGUUGAUACUCUCGAUCAUUUGGUCUUUACCUUUUGUGUGUGUGUGUGUGUGUGUACACUUUUAAUUUAUUCAAGAAUAUUUGGUGAAACUAGCUAGCUAACUGAAAUCACAGGCCUGCAUGUCCUAGCCUCUCAAUGCUUUUCUGUUUGAAUAAAGUAUUUGUUUUGAUUUAAA